AUGGUCUACUAUGUUCGGUUCUUGAAAACACCCCGCAUUCAACAGCAAAAGGGAGUUGUCUCCAUCACUGCUCUUAUCUGCAUCACCACCGAUCUGGGCGACUCGUUUUUGGCCGAAGAUGUCGAUCUGGUGGUAAUUGUCCGCGAAAAGGGCGGUAAAAUUGCUCUUGAGAAGCAGACCAAAUGGAACGCUUAUAAUCGCGAGCUGCCCAUCACUCUCAGCCCUCUUCCGGCUAAAUUGGCCGGCAAGACUCUGGAAUUGGAGAUCGAUACACCAGAGCACCAAAGGUCCACCCCACUCGAGACCGGCCCAGUGCCAUUGGUGAUGGGCGCAAUCAGCGCACCGUUCGGACCUCAAUCCGCACCGGCUGCUAAGCUUGUUCAGCGGAUCAUUGUCGCUCCCGGUGUACAGCUACCCGUUUGGGAAGAGACUGGAAACAGCAUUGCCCGACAUAUCUGGGAUGCAGGCCUCGCGACCGUUGUCUAUCUGGGUGAGACUCUACGAGGGAUGUCUAACAAACCCCCCGCAGAGUCAAAGAUGCCCGCAUUGGAAUCUGUCCUCUCCCGCGGCGACCGAUCCAUCCAGGUAGUCGAGCUCGGUGCCGGGUGUGGAAUCGUGGGCAUUGGCUUGGCGCAGAUGCUCCCCAACUGCUCGGUGUUACUCACGGACCUCCCCGAGGUUGAAGAAAUCAUAACGCGCAAUAUUAAUUCAGCCCGCCAAGCCAGCGCGUCCAGCGUUAGGUAUCAAAAUCUGGACUGGGAACAUCCCCCGGAGAACCUUUGCUCGCAGCCUAUUGAGCUGAUCCUCGUCUCGGAUUGUACCUACAACGCUGACAGCUUGCCUGUGCUGGUCUCUUGUCUGGACCGAUUGGUUCGGGCUUCCCCCGGGGGCCCUUAUAUUGGUAGACGGCACGAGAGCGAAACCGUGUUUUUCGAGUUGAUGCGUUCAGCCGGAUUCAGCUCGGUGCAGGACAGCAUGGAGCUUCCAUCCGAACAUGAACAAGUGGAUGAGAUAGAGUUUCACUGUUAUAGUCGAGAAUAUAAGAAGGAUGUAUGA